AUGCGUGGAAAGGCGAAGUCCAAAACCUCCUUAUCUUUGUGCGCUGGUCUCUUCUCUGCUGUUGUCACAGCAUUUGUUGUGGAAUCGUGCAAAUUUCUGCUUCCCGACUCUUCGGACGCCUCCAUCGUCCUUCUUACCCUCAUUUCUGAACAACUAGAGAGAAAUUCGAGCACCACAACACCGAUAUCACCAACCAUUUCCCAGGUUCUCCAAACCUUCUCCCUCCCCCAAACGCCUUCGCCGUCCACAGUACGCGUCAACGUAUUUUGGUUUCUCAGCCUCGUACUCAGCUGGACCACGGUCCUGAUCGGCAUUGUUUCUCUGCAAUGGCUGAGAGAGCACCAACGGUAUGGCGAGUCGUUGACACCACGUAAGUCACUGGCCAUCUUCCACAUGCGUGCGGCGGCGUCAGAGGAUUGGCAUGUUCAAAAGAUAUUCGCCGCCCUUCCACUGCUUCUUCAGGUUGCCCUUGUGCUGUUCUUUGCGGGGAUUAUCGAUUUCAUUCUCUCGCUUUAG